AUGCGGUCUGUAGGGAAGAAGUGUGGUUCCAAUGUACGAUCUUGGAAGAGAAGAGCAAGAGCCCAGGCAUGGAGGAAUGAAGUUCCUAUUCCUAUGGACCACCUACAAGAUAAGGGGAAAAAUCAGAUUGGGGAGGAGACUGAUGGGAGGUCUUCUCCUAACAAAAAGAGUAGGAUGGGAGUCUCAGAAGGGAUGGCACCGGAGGCAGAGUUGGUGGUGGCUGGGUCACAUCAGGGUCAAGAAGGAUUUAUGGCGCUUAAGCUCGAUAUGAGUAAGGCGUAUAAUAGAGUCAAGUGGGACUUCUUGGAAGCCAUAAUGUGUAAGUUGGGAUUUGCUGCACGAUGGGUAAAGCUUACUAUGAUUCGUAUGGUUAAAUAUUUGGUGUUGGUUCAUGGGAAGUCGUAUGGUAAUAUUUCACCGUCAAGGGGAAUUAGGCAGGGAGAUCCUCUAUCUCCAUAUUUCUUCAUUUUAUAUGCUGAAGGGUUGAACUCUAUUUUGCAAAUGGAAGAUAGAGAAAACUGGAUUAUUGGCCUUCCAAUUACUCGUGGGGGGACAAGGUUGAAUUACUUAUUUUUCAUAGAUGCUAGUUUGCUUUUCUGCAAAGCAAAUACUAUUAAAUGGGUGAGAAUUCAACACAUACUGGAGAUGUAUGAGAAAGCUUAUGGGCAGAAACUGAAUAGGGAGAAGAAGUCAAUUUUUUUUUUAGCUGGAAUACAAAGAGGGAAGCUAAAGACCAUAUUCUUUCAGUUGCUAGGGAUUUGGGAUCAGAUAAAUGGAUGGAAGGAGAUAUUUUUGUCACAGGUCGGGAAAGAAGUGUUGUUAAAAGCUGUUGUAGAAGCUAUACCAACCUACACAAUGAGUGUGUUUCAGCUUCCUAAGACUUUGUGUAAAGAGAUUAACUCAAUGAUGUCAAGGUUUUGGUGGGAAAAUAUGGAGAAAGAAAAGCGCACAGCUUGGAUGAGUUGGGAGCGGAUGGAGAAGGCUAAGGAAAAGGGUGGAAUGGGUUACAGAGACUUAGAAUACUUCAAUAUGGCAUUACUUGCAAAACAAGGGUGGAGGAUCCUACAAAAUCAGAAUUCUCUAGUGGCUAAAGUGUUUGAGGAAAAAUACUAUAAGAAAGGGAACCUUUCUCAACUCAAAUGUGGGGAAGAGGUCUUCAUAUGCAUGGAGGAGUAUUUGGAAUGCAAAUAA